CAGCUCUGCUUGCAUUUAAGCAUGGCUCUUAUAUCUGCUAAACUCAGGACCCUGCAUUCACUAUAUCUGGUCUCCCAGGACCCUGCAUUCACUUUAUCUGGUCUCCCCGGACCCUGCAUUUACUAUAUCUCCCCGGACCCUGCAUUCACUGGUCUCCCCGGACCCUGCAUUCACUAUAUCUGGUCUCCCCGGACCCUGCAUUCACUAUAUCUGGUCUCCCCGGACCCUGCAUUCAUUAUAGCUGGUCUCCCAGGACCCCGCAUUCAUUAUAGCUGGUCUCCCAGGACCCCGCAUUCAUUAUAUCUGGUCUCCCCGGACCCUGCAUUCACUAUAUCCGGUCUCCCCGGACCCUGCAUUCACUAUAUCCGGUCUCCCCGGACCCUGCAUUCACUAUAUCCGGUCUCCCCGGACCCUGCAUUCACUAUAUCCGGUCUCCCCGGACCCUGCAUUCACUAU